CGGACCGCGAACCGAGACUGACGUGUCAAUCCCGCUAUAACCGCGCGAACUCAACAGCGAUACAAAUCGCCAAGGAAAUUGCACGCUGUGCCACCUGUGUAGUGUUUUAACAGACCGAUCACAUUGCUUGAAUGCUGUUUAUCACGGAUAGUUUCAUCCCCUGACCACUCUACCAACGCAGACAUUCAGACCAAAAUGAUCCAGCCAUUCAGGAGGAAACCGUUAAAAAACUCCAAUACCUACCUGAACACGUAACAUUGCCCAUAUAAAAUAGAAAACGUGAGAACACAGAAAUCGUUCCAAGUGAUACCUGUAGAUUAAGAAGUUCCUUUAUUUGUAACCCAAGUGAUAUUAAUUUAAGGUUAAGUGCCAUUAACUUCGGAUAGUUGUUCAGUGGAUAGUGGUGUUGGUUCGUUUUUGUGCGGAUAAUUAGUUGAAAAUCUAAGUGUUGAUCAUCAUGGAGAUGUGGUGCUUAAUCGGCGUUCUGCUGGCGGUCGCCGUGGGUGCUGACCGCAGUAAUCUACCUCCAACAUGUAGUAGUGAGAUCUACUGCCACGGGCCUCUCCUGGAGACGGUCCAGAUGGCGGGCCUGUACAACGACUCCAAGACAUUCGUCGACAUGAAGCUGAUAAACCAUCCCGAUGACACCAUGAAGCAUUUUAGGGAAAUGAUGGGAAAUAGCUCAGGCUUCCCUACAAGGGCGGAAAUCUGGGCGUUUGUGCAGAAGAACUUUGAGAGCGAAGGCUCGGAGUUCGAAGAAUGGAAACCGACUGACUGGAAGAAGGAGCCAAAGUUCCUGCAGAGGAUAACUGAUCCGUUGCUACACCAAUGGGCGUCUGAUCUCAACAGGCUGUGGCUGCAACUCGGCAGGAAGAUGAAGGAAGACGUUAAGAACAACGAACAUCUCUACUCCAUCAUAUACGUAGACAAACCUUUUAUAGUGCCAGGCGGUCGUUUCCGCGAGUUUUACUACUGGGACUCGUACUGGAUCAUCAAAGGUCUCUUGCUCUCCGAAAUGCAUGACACCGCCAAGGGGAUGGUUGAUAACUUCCUGAACAUUGUGGAGAAGUUUGGGUUCAUACCGAACGGGGGAAGGAUAUACUACGGUAUGAGAUCUCAACCGCCCCUCCUGAUCCCGAUGAUGCAGCUAAUCCUGGAAGGCACCAAUGAUACCAAGUUCCUGGCGGAGCACAUCCACACGCUGGCCAAGGAGUUCGACUUCUGGAUCACCAACCACACCGUGGAAGUGCACCACGACAACCAAAAGUACAAUUUGACGAGGUUUAUUGACCAAUCACAAGGUCCGAGGCCCGAGAGUUAUAAAGAAGACAUCGACGUGGCGAAGCAUUUAGACGACAAUGACAAGAAAGAAGAACUGUACGCAGAAUUGAAGAGUGCCGCAGAAUCAGGCUGGGAUUUCUCAUCUAGAUGGUUCAUUCUCAACGGAACUAAUAAAGAUGAUUUUUACAGAAACAGUUAUGUUAGCAAACAUAUCGAACAAAUUACCGGAUACAAGCAAACCGGUGGUAACCUCACCAAUCUGAAGACCCGUUCCAUAGUGCCAGUGGACUUGAACGCGAUCAUGUGCUGGAACGCUCAGAUAAUGACGGAGUUUUACACCAUACUGGGCGAUCGGAAUCGGGCUGAUAACUAUAGAAUGAUACACGAGCGGUAUAUGCACAACAUUGAAAAGUUACUUUGGCAUGAAGACGUCGGUGCUUGGCUAGAUUUCAACCUGGAGUCGGGACGGCGCAGAGACUACUUCUACCCGUCCAAUAUCGCCCCGCUAUGGACCGGCUGCUAUGACAAAGCACGCAAAGAAUACUACGUGAACAGAGUGAUUAACUAUCUGGAUAAAGUCAAAGUUGACGUAUUCGACGGCGGAAUCCCCACUACUUUCGAGCAUUCGGGCGAACAAUGGGACUAUCCGAACGCUUGGCCCCCCCUCCAAUACAUAUUCGUGACGGGAUUGGCCAAUACCGGCCAACCUGAAGCCAUGAAGUACGCCAACGAUAUAGCCACUAAAUGGGUGCGAUCUAAUUUUGAAGUGUGGAAGCAGAAGACGGCCAUGUUGGAAAAGUACGACGCGACAAUCUUCGGCGGAUACGGAGGUGGCGGUGAAUACGUCUUACAGACCGGUUUCGGAUGGACCAACGGAGUUAUUAUGGCACUACUAGAUAGAUAUGGAGCUGACACUUUCGGCGCCGUGCCCGACUCCGAGGCUGUUUACAACGCGCAAGUCGGAGCGGGAGGGGUGGCCACGGCUGUACUGGUGGUGUUUGCGUCCAUCGCCGCGGGAGCGUUAGGGAUUCUAGUGUACAGAAAGCGAAUGGGACAUGUACCCUAUAGGAAAGGUGAAGACGUGAAGUUGCUGUCUAGGAAGCCCUACACUGAACUUAGAAGCCUCAACGGGGCAUCGAGCCAGAGGCAACGAUGAAGAGACCCGCCGUCGCCCUUCUACAAGAAUACAGAUUUUUAAAGAAAAAGGGAGAAAUUCUUAAUUUAUUUGAAAAAUAUCUUAAGAUAAAUGACUUGAUAAAAGUAUAUCCAUAGACAUAAAUGUAUUCUUAGAAAUCUCGAAUCAUAAAUUAAAAUCGACUUAGUGAUAAUGUACAAAAUGUCUAUUUUAUUAAUGAAGCAAAUUUAAUAAUCUCAGACAAAGCAAAGGUAAAGGUGUUGUUGGAGUUAUUCAAAAUAUAUUUUAGUAAAAGAAAAUGGCGUUCGUAUGAUACCAGUUCUACACGUGCUGUGAAUCAACUUUGUACAUAUAGAAAUAAGAUACACUAUCAAUUGUAUAUUUAUUAGCUUUUUUAGUUGUUUUCAAAUUUUAAUAUCGUCGUGACGAUCGUUAAUAAUGCUCAUCUUGAGUUUGACUAGCAUUAAAACAUUAUUUAAAGCAGGCAACACCAAAGAUAUUUUUAUAUAUGAAAAAAGUUUUUUUUAUGUAAAAUAUCUGUAAUUGGCGAUGCGUCACAGAUAUAUAGAUUUUUAAUUUAAAAGAAUCUACAAUAAAUUGAUUCUUUUUGGGUCGUUGAAUAGACGAAUCGUUGAUGUAUUAUAUUGACGUUGGAAAUGUGGAUGUUAAUACCGGUGCUCAGUAGCAUCAGAGUUUUGCUGGAAACUUGUCAAAUAAUUGUUUGUAAAAGAGUUGAAUGCUUACUUCUGCCAAGCAAUAUUAUUUAUACUUUAUAUGUGCAUGCAUCGAACAAACGUUUUGGAAUCACGUAUGCCAUUAUAAUCAUUGACACCAAACUUUGUAGAUUUAUUGCUCAUUUAAUGAUAUUUUAUUUUAUAAUGUAAUGAUUAAUAUGCAAUGAAUUUGUCAUUUCUAAUAUUUAAUUAACUCUAUAGCUGUUUAAUGGAAAAGAAGUUAUUCUCAUUUUAACGUAGAAAUAUCUUAUGAAAUAAUAAAUAAAAAAUGAAAUUUACCAGUCAUAAAUAAAUCAUUAUAAUCUAUAGGAAAUAAAAUUUCUUAUUUAACAUUAAAAUCUAUGAAUAGUCUUCUACCUAUAUCAUACAGUUGAUUUAUUUGUAAAGGAUAAAUCUAUUACAAUCUGAGGGUUUAUAUGGCGACAUUGGAUUAAAUGAAAUUAUAAAACUCGCGCCAAUAAAAAAAACGAAUCGCAAAUGACGACCUAAGACAUUCUGUCCUUCUCGCAUAUGCAGUCCUAAGUAACGUGCGAGAGUCACUAUUUUAUGUCAUCAUUUUCCAUUCGUUUCUUUAAUGGCACGAGUUAAACUAUAUUCAAAUUAACUUAUUAAAAGCUGUUUUGAAUCAACCAAAAAAAAUUAAACAUAGUAAACGUUCGCAACUAGCAACACUUAAUAGGGGUUAUUGCAUGCGAUAAUUUUUAUAUUAUCAAAACCACGAACAAAGCUAAUAGUCAAAGCAAAUAACUACUUAUAACAUUUUGUAUUAGUUAGUAGGAAGAGUUUACAACAAGUAUUACUAUUUUUAGAAUUAAUGAAACUUUAGCUUUAAGUAGACAAUUUACUUUUAAUAUUUUUAUUAUUAUCAUUGUAAAUAAUCUAUGUUGCAUUUAUUGAGGGAAACUCUAAAAGUGAUUUCAGAACGUUUUGUUCGCGUGCUUUAGUUAGGUCUGUAUUAAAAAUUAUCUGCUGUUUUGUGUAUAAAUUUAUUCAGAGAUGAGCUAAUGUACUUUUUGUUAUCUCUGAUCAUGUGGACUAGUCCAUAUUUGUGUAUGAUUCAUGACAUAAUUAAAGAAGGAUUGAGGCUUUUCUGAGAUGUAUUUUAUUAAAUUACGGAGUAGAAAACACUAUUGUCCAAUGAGCAUUUUCUUAGAAAAAAAACCUAUUUCGAUGUAGUCUCAUUAAUUUCAGAGAUUAAAUCAAGAGUCAUAAGCAUAGGUUCAUUUUGUCUCUGUCAAUUUUUAUUUUUAUUUUUUCUAAGUGAUGUUGUUCUAGGUGCUGGACACCAUAGACAUAGACUUUUAUCACAUGUAUAAUUAUCAUGACACGUAUUAGAUUAGCUUAUUGAAUAAAUUAAUUUUAUUUAAUUUUUUUUUUAAGUAGUAGACAUAGCCUUGUUAGGUUUUGAUGAUGCGUUCUUGUGAUUUUUGUGAAAUGUUUUGUUUUAAUUUAUUUCUAAAUCAAAUCUCUAAAUAUAUAUUUUUAACAAUGGGAUUAUUUUUUUAUUCAUAGAUAUAGCAAUCACAUUAUUUACAAUAUAGGUCACUCUGACAACCAAUGAUUUCAAAUUUCUCUUUUUUAUAUAUAUAUAAAAUGUGUCAAAUAUAUUUUCUGAUCGCUUGUUAGCACACAUUUGUGAUAUAUUUUGUAUAUAAUUUUAAUGUUUUUAGCUAAUUUGUUCCUAGCUUGUGUUUUUAUUUUAGGCGAGUAUUUUCAGUUGUUCCAUUUUAGUAUUCUUUUUUUGUUUACUAUUAUAAUUAUUGUAAUUUAAGAUGAAAUGAUGUGAUGCCAUUGUGUAUUAGAUAUUAGCACGAAUUUCGACGAAUAAAUAGGAAAUUUAUAAAUUUACUGUUUUAAUUUUGAUGAUAUUCUUUUAGUAAUUUAUUAGUACAAUAAAAGUGCUUUUGAUUCACUUUGCAUCUAAAUAAAUAGGUACUUAUAUUCAACACA